AUGUCUGGUGCAGGAAGCGGAUACGAUUUUAACCCAAUUACAUUCUCUCCAGAUGGCCGCCAGUUCCAAGUUGAGUAUGCUACAAAGGCUGUCGAAAAAGAUUCUCUUGCUUUAGGUGUCAAAUGCAAAGAUGGCAUUUUGCUUGCUGCGGAGAAGAAUUUAACAUCAACACUUCUCACUCCAGGUGGCAAUCCAAGAAUUUUCUGGAUCAACGACAGCAUUGCUUGUGCAACAAUCGGUCAUCGUCCAGAUUGCUACAGCAUUGUUGAGCAAUCCAGAAACAGAGCUGAAACAUUCACAUCAAAUUUCGGCAUCAAAAUUACAGUUCCUCAGCUUGCUUCAGAAGUUUCACAACAAUUCCACCUCGCACAUUACUAUCAAGCUUAUCGCCCAUUCGGCUGCACAGUUAUUUUUGCUAGCUAUAAGGAUGAUGCAUUAUACGCUAUAGAGCCUAGUGGCGCAUUUUAUGGAUAUUUCGCCUCAUGCUUCGGCAAAAAUAGCAACUUAGCACGCGCUGAACUCCAAAAGACAGAAUGGAAGAAUAUUACAGUUCGUGAAGCUGUUCCAGAGGUAGCCCGUAUCAUCAAAUCUCUCCAUGAAAGUCAAUUUAAGAAAUGGGAAAUCGAAAUGUUCUGGCUUUGUGAAGAAACCAACGGCCGCCCACAGAAGGUCCCAGAGGAUGUCUUCCAAUCAAGAUUUGUCAAUGAAAACCCACAAAACUAA